AAUAUUGCGUGACCUGCCUUUGUUCUAAUUACGUAAAAUCGGUAAAAAGAGAAAAUCUGUCAAGCGUCACGUUUAUUUUGUUUUUUUGUUUUUGUGUACAGAAAUCUGAGACAAUUUAUUUCGAAAAUAUAGCUUUUUCUGACGAAAACAGUAGUCCUUUCGAAUUUCCAUAUCGAAUUUCACAAGAAUUUGAUGGAUAAAUGGAACACAGUGAACAAAUACGUGAUUUUUUGCCAACAGACGAGGAAUUACUCCAUCGAGAAAAGAUUCUUCUCAGUCUAUUCGAUAAAUAUAACACCGAUGAAGGAUCCGAUCCGGAAUUAGUUGAAGAUGUAAACGCGUCGACAGUUAGCAGUGAAAACAGUGUUUCAGGUUCAUCAUUCGUGGAAACGAGCGACUGUGAAACUGAAGACAAUUUCGAUGUAGAAGAAAUGGAUAAGCAGCUGCAGCCAUUCAUUAAAGACCGUGUUAAUGGAUGGGCUGAGAAAGGCAUUAAUUUUCAACUGAAAACCGUUGAUCGCGGUGUUACUGUCGAAGAAUGGUUGGAGGCGAAUCAAGAAUUUACGACAACAACAAAGAAGCGCAAAACGACCGUAAUAAAUGAGAACAACAAAACGACAACAAUAACAACUAUGCAGACAAAAACAACAACUCGAACUCGAACGUUUAAUAUGCGACGAGACACUGCUGCCCAAAUACGAACAAUCGCCAGUGGGGAGCUGAUGGAUGGGCCUGAUAUCGAAAUGGCAACACCAACAGAACAUAAUUAUUUACCCAACGCCUUGAUCAGUUCGAAAAAGUUUGAUAUACCGAGAGGCCGACAAAAACAAAGUACGCCAGACCGGCUAAACCUGAAACCUAAGGCUGCAUCGACUAAAGGAAAAAGAUUGUCUCCGCAAAAGGUGAAGUUACGGAAUCGUAAUGAGUCAAUACCAGCUAAGAGUAAGUCGAUAAGCAAGUCGAAGAUAAGUCAAUCUGAUUCAGGAAUAUUUUCCGAAGAACUUUCUAAAGAAGUUUCAAAUGAAAUUUCCAGUGAUUUGAGCGAUGAAGUUUUCACUGAAGUUGGUAAAGAUGUUUCAAAUGAACGUUCCAAUAAAGUUUUCGGAGAUAGUGUCGUUGGCGACGAUCAUAAUACUUCUUCCAGGCGAGCAGAAUCCGAUCGUCCACAAAAGAAGGAAACUUCCCAUUCCAGAAUAAGCAAAGCGGUACCCAAACUUCGUCCACCAGAAAUCGUCGUCUAUUCACCCAGUGCUGGAAAAAGUUUCGGUAAAAGAAUCGACGACGAAUUUAUGAGUGUCACGAAAACCGAUUUUAAGAAGGGAAUCGAUCGCAAGUAUCAUCCGUACACGGAUUUUAGCUUAAUUAAGAAGUGCGUUGUGCCAGUGAAUCAAAGACUCAUGUUCGUACCGCCAAGCGAUACUGCAACGAAGAAAAAUUCAAAUAGUGACGACUGUGAAACCGACGAUGAUGACCUGAUGACGAGUUACACAACUACCGGUCACUUCUAUCGUAUGAAUUCGAAGUAACUUUGUUUAAUUUCCAAAAUCAAUAAAAUUUAAGUUUUUGUUUCGAAAAUUUGAGAUGGUAUGAAUGUGAUAAAAAAAUAUUUUUGUUCGCAUCUGUGGGCAAAAGUAGUGGAAAAGUCACUAAAUAUGAAUACUGUCCUUUCAAUGAACUGAAGUGAAUUUUAUUUAUGGAUUUAACGAAAUAUAUGCAAAAAUGUUUUCU